AUGGAGCCGCCAGAUUCAACUUCGAAUAGAGGGGAUGCUGCCGCUAGGACCUUCGAAUUGAUAGUCAAUUUCUUUCCAUCAAAGGCAAAAUUAGUUGAUGGUAGCAUACAGAACAUUGAGAGAGACACAAUUGUUAAAUGGGAGGUUGAGUUUACAGAGAUUGAUCCACAAGUUCUACAGAACAUGGGAGAGACGGCAGUGAAGAAAUGGGUGGAAAAAAUUGGGGAGAAUAUAGUUUGGGGUCCAGAGCAAGAAGUAUCACUGUUGCGGUUUGAUGAUUGGAAAGGAGAGUAUGUGAGAAUAGAAGAUGGUGAACAGAUUGUUGAAGAAAUCGAUCGGCAAAACGGCUGGACAAGCAAACGGGCUAAUUUUUUUGCUGAGCUCGUUGAUCUGAACAUUUUUUCGAAGGUUGGAUAUGUGCCAUCACAAUUGGCUGCGCAGAUGGUAGAUGAUGAUUGGGCUACACAGAGGCCAUUGAUUCCCAUGUGUACUGAACUUACAGUAAUAGCCGAAGAGGGACAGGUGACUGGAACUGAAACUGAAACUGCAGCAACUGUUGAUUGGAAUGUAGUUGAAUUAGAUGAGCCUACUGAUUUGGUCAUUGCACCAAUGCCUGACAUUGAGAUGGCCAAACUUUUUGGCAUUCCAGUCGAUGACAGAGAUAAGCAGGAGAGGGGCGAAUCUAGUUUGCCUGCUAAUGCUGAUGAAGAAGUAGAUGGACAGUUGAUGGAACAAGCUGCGGAUGAAGUAGAUGAUGCACAUGAUGAUGAGCUGGUGCAUGUGUAUGACAAAGAAAACCCUGUCAUUGAAGUAGGCAAGUUGUUCCCAAGCAUGAAGGAGUUUAGGAUGUGUUUCAAGACUUAUGCAGUGAAACAUGAGUUUGAUGCCAAGACUGUUUGGACUGAUAGAAAGAAGUUUUAUGCGAGGUGCAGAGGAUUUGAUGGUAGUGUGAAGCCUUGCAAGUGGUACAUAUCUGCUAGACUGCAACCUGAUGGAAGUACUGUCAGGGUUAACCAAAUCCCCAAUCAACAUACUUGUAUUACAAGUUCACAGAGAGUAUCAACCAUGACAUCACAACUUUGGGUUGCAGAAAAGAUCACCCCAAUUUUAGCCAAAACACCAAACACUACUGCCAAGAAACUCAAAGUAGACUUGGAAAAGAUGCACCCCAUUAAACUGAAAUAUACCACAGUGUGGAAGGCAAAACAAAGGGCAAUGAAAAAUUUAUAUGGUGAUUGGGCAAAUACAUUUAGGAUGCUUUACAACUUCAAAGCAGAGGUGGAAAAGAGGUCACCUGGCAGUGUUGUGGAGAUAGAUACAGAGGUAUCAGCCGAAGGUGAAGUCAAGUUCUCCAAGUUUUUUAUGGCUUUGAAGCCUUGCAUCGAUGGGUUCAAAGCAGGGUGCCGUCCAUAUUUGAGUAUAGACUCAUCAUUUUUGACAGUCAAGUGGAAUGGUCAGUUGGCAGCAUGCAAUGCUCUAGAUGGACACAACUGGAUGUUUCCUAUUGCUGUUGGCUUGUUUCAGUCAGAAACAGAGGCUUCAUGGACAUGGUUCAUGAUCCAGUUGAAAAGAUGCCUAGGGCCAGUGUCACCUUUGGCUAUACACACAGAUGCAUGUAAGGGGCUUGAAAAUUCAGUGAAAAAUGUUUUCCCACAUGCAGAGCAGAGGGAGUGCUUCGGUCAUUUGUGGAUGAAUUUGAUCGAAAAAUUUAGAGGAGAAGAAUUUGGGCGCAUGUGGCCAGCAGCAAGAUCUUACACUAGACAGACACACAAAUAUCAUCUUGAUAAGAUAAUGGCAGCAUGUGAUGAGUUUGGUCCAUGGCUGAACACCUACCAUUCUUUGUUAUGGUACAGGUCUGCAUUCAACACUGCCAUCAAGUGUGACCACAUCAACAACAAUUUGGCAGAGAGUUUCAACAACAAGGUGAAGGAGUUAAAAGAUUUGCCUGUGCAUGACAUGGUUGACCAAAUCAGGAUCAUGCUCAUGCGGUUGUGGGAGUUGAGAAGAAGGAUAGGUGAUUGUCUGCAAGGUGAUAAGCUUCCAGCAGUGGUACAACAGGUGGUCAAUAGGAGCAGAUGUCUUUCACAUUUGUUUGUUGAAAAAUCUUCACCUUGGGGUGCUGAAGUUAGAGAUAACAAAACUGGAAGGAGACAUGUUGUUAACACUGAAUUGCAUGAUUGCACUUGCCUCAAGUGGCAACACACUGGUAAACCAUGUGAGCAUGCCAUUCUCUUCUUAGCAUCCCAACCGAAGAUAAACAUGCACCCAUAUUUGCAUGAAUAUUAUUCGGUAGCAAGAUUCAAAGCUGCAUAUGCUACUCCAAUUCCAGCACUUACAAAUCAGUCUCAGUGGCCUGAAGUGGACAUUGAAUUUUCCAUGUGUCCUCCCUUGACGAAAAGAAAGGCUGGCAGGCCUAAACAGAGUAGAUUCAAGGCAUGGUUUGAGAAAGGUGGGAGUAGUAAGAAGGGAAAGGAAGAUGGAAAGCCAAAAAGGGCCCAAAAAGGUAACAAAAACAGAUGCAAGUUGUGCCAGGAACUUGGGCACAGAGUGGGAUCUGUCAAAUGCCGUUACACUCCUGAUAAGCCAAAGAGGAAGCGAGCAAGUCAGCCCCUUGUUGUUGAACAGUGUUGGCCAACAAAAAAAGCAAGAGUCAAUGGCGGUAGAAAGAAGAGAAGUGUGCCUGAGCCUGAGCAGACUGAAGAAAAUCUUGCUGCAGUCAACAUUCAGACUGAAGAAACUGCUCUCGAGGUUGAAACUGAACCUGAGCGUGUCGAGGUUCAGACUGAAGAAACCCAUGUUGAGGUACACACCGAAGAAACUGAACCUGAGCGUGUCGAGGUUCAGACUGAAGAAACCCAUGUUGGGGUACACACCGAAGAAAUUGAAACUGCUGUCAACAUUGAGACUGAAGACACUGAUCAUGAGGGUGUUGGCGAGGUGUUGAAAAGACCAGUGAAGAAAACCAAGAUGAUCAGUGAACUUGUGUGUGUAGUAGAACCAAAAACAAGAAGUGCUAAGGCGAAGAAGGGCACGCGACGUGGCAGGAAGAGGUAGAACAGAGAACAGUUUGAAAAUUUGGGGCAUGUAAUAAUAUUUGUAACUUGGUGCGUACUGGUAGUCACUAUGUAUCCCCGUAUUUCUAUUCGAACUUGUUUGUUGGUACCUUGUCUAAACCAGCCAAAUAAAAUUAAAAUUAAAAUUCAAAUUUGGACUCAAAUUUGAAUUAGGGAUGGGAUAUUGAUGUUUUAAUGCUAUCUAAAGUACCUCAACUAAAAUAUGUUUGCUUGCUAAUCAUUCCGAGCCCUUUCGGUAAGUUGAACUCAUAGUCAUGAAAAGUGUGUCUCAAAUGACCUCCAAAGGUAGGAUAAACGGCCUCAUAUUUAAGCAAGUUUUUUUGGCACCUUGUCUAAACCAGCCAAAUAAUUUUUCUACACAUCUAUUCUACCUAUAUAGUGUAAAUCUAAAGUCUCACUAUUUAUUGAAUUAAUUUUCUAUUAUUUUCUUUUUUUUUUGAAAAAACAAGGUUUAAUAGAAAAUUAUAUAUAAAACAAGUUUAAAACAUGAAAAUGAGAAAAGUAAGUUAAGAUCUUUCUUAGUCAAUCCAAAAUGAAGUUUUGGUGAGGUUUUCACACUUUCCAUUUUCAAAACCCCACCUACUCUCGGGUUCCCACUACUCUCUCUCCCUUGAACUCCAUACUACAUUGUUCGAGGAAUGACAAUUUUGUGAAGGAUUUUUCGUAAAAAUGUAUGUAAACCAUAUUUAUAUUUUUUUCUCGUUACUAUACGACAUAAUAAGACUAUGUGCGCAAGUUUUAUAUUUUUUUGAUUUUUUUUGAAUUAGUUAUGCUCAACCCUAAUCAGUCAAAA